AUGCUUAAGAUGUUGUCGGGAUCUCCCUUGAGAUCGUUGAACACCGCAUACUCCACGAAUGUUGAAGACAAGAGCACCAGCAGCACCACCCAUUUUGGUUCAAAGACCGUGCUUGCCAGCGAGAAGGAGAAACUCGUUGGUCAAGUGUUCAGUUCUGUCGCUUCCAAGUAUGACAUCAUGAACGAUGUCAUGAGUAUGGGUGUGCAUAGACUCUGGAAGGAUGAGUUUAUCCGUCGACUGGAUGCCGGUGCCAGACCUGGUUCUCGUCCUUUGGACUUUAUUGACGUUGCCGGAGGUUCAGGUGACAUUGCAUUUGGGCUGCUCGACCAUGCCAAGGCCAAGUUCAACGACACCAAGUCUACCAUGACCGUGGUGGACAUCAACCCCGAUAUGCUGAGGGAAGGAGAGAAGAGAUGCUCCGAGAACCACUAUAAGAACGACCCAAGAAUCCAAUUCCUGGUGCAAAACGGUGAAGUCCUUGACAAGAUUGAGGACAAUUCCAAGGAUGUCUACACCGUGUCGUUUGGUAUCAGAAACUUCACCAAUAUCCAAGCCGGGUUGAACACUGCCUACAGGGUGUUGAGACCAGGCGGUGUUAUUGGAGUGCUGGAGUUCUCCAAAGUUGACAACGUCAUCGUAGACACUUUCUACCAGAACUGGUCCAAGUUCCUACCGAUCUUCGGCCAGGCCAUCGCCAACGACUACGACUCGUACCAGUACUUGGUGGAGUCCAUCCAGAGAUUCCCAAAGCAGGAGGAGUUCAAAGGCAUGAUCCAGAAGGCUGGCUUCUACGUCCCUGAGCCUGGCUACCAGAACCUCACUUUCGGAAUUGCCGCCAUCCACAUUGGUAUAAAGUUGUGAAGCUGUGGCUCUGUUUAUAUCCUGUGUACAUAGAAAGCUUCUGCCCUUCCAAUAUAAGCAUUAGUAAAGCGCUUU